AUUCUCAAGAAAAUCAUGAAUCCAGAGGAGAAGUCGAAUUUUAUCGGUUUUAAAAUACCAAGCUAUAGAGAUGGUACGUUAUAUUUUAAAAACAUGGCUGCCCACGUGUUGCAGGUCAUAAUAAUUAAAUUUUUAAUAAUUAAUAAAUAUAAUUCAAUCGAUUUUCCACUGUAUUUAUAUAAUACAAAAAAAGAGGGAUUAACUAAGAUAUCAACAAAUUAAAUAAAAUACAGUGAAGAUGGAAUAAAAAGGAAUAACAUGAACCAUACUAAGCUAUUCCACCCUGAAAAAAUAUAUACAGGAUGUAUAAAAAAACUGAACAGAUUUGAAAUGGCUCUCAAUUUCGCAAAACACCUAUUUGUAUCCGGUUUUAUAUAUAUAUAUAGCUUCUUUGGGUACUUAUAAUGUAGAAUAAUGAAAAAAAUUUCUCGAACUCAAAUUUUGUGAACCAGGGGGGGUGUCUUUUUCAACAAACUAAAAAUGGCUCGCGCACAAAAUUUAAAAGCUGUAAUCAUAUUUGAAUUAAUAGAUGGAAACUUUGUCGGGGUUUUAAUUACUGUACAAAAUUUCAGACAAUUUGGUUUAGUUUAAGCCUUUAACUAUUCAUUUUGUUCUAAAAAAUCAGCCUUUCGCAUGCUUAAUUAAUGCCUUUACCUAAUUUGCAUAUUGCUGACAUAUGCAAAUUAGGCAAAUGCAUUAAUUAAGCAUGCAAAUAGCUGAUUUUUCGGGAAAAUUGUAACUUUGCGUGAAUAGUUAAGGGCUUAAACUAAACCAAAUUGUCUGAAAUUUUGUACAGUAAUUAAAAUCCCGACAAAUUUUCCAUCUGUUAACUCAAAAUAUGAUUGCAGCUUUUAAAUUUUGUGCGCGAGCCAUUUUUAGUUUGUUGGAAAAGACACACCCCCCUGGUUCACAAAAUUUGAGUUCGAGAAAUUUUUUUCAUUAUUCUACAUUAUACAUACCCAAAGAAGCUAUAUAUAUAAAAAACCGGAUACAAAUAGGUGUUUUGCGAAAUCGAGAGCAAUUUCAAAUCUGUUCAUUUUUUUUUGUAUAGCAAAAGUAAGAAAUAUACAAAAAACAAAAUAAGUUCGGUCAGACAGCCCAAGAAGCAUGGGACCUAUCAGGAUCGUAAGUUAAUGUUUUAUAAUAACUAUUAUUAUUAUUAUUAUUAUUAUGAACAAUAUUUUAAAAAUAAAUAUUUUAAAAGAAAACAAGAACCUAUUUAAGAACCUGUUUAGCCUAAUUUCACGAUAAGCACCAUUUAGGCCUAUAUAAGAACCUGUUUAGGCUAACUUGAAAAAUCUAGUUUCUUAUACGCGGGAUCUUACUGUAUUAUAUGUAACAUAUUUAAUAAAACUCGUGCUACACAAUUCCUGAAGUAGUUAAUACGUAUGGUUAACAAAGACUUUCCUCAUGUAAGCCAUUGUAAGCCAGUGAGGAUGGAAUAGAAAGGAACAACAUGAACCAUACUAAGCUAGUCCACCCUGAAAAAAAAUAAUAGCAAAAAUAAGAAAUAUACAAAAAAACAAAACAGCACAUAAAGGUCCGACAGCCCAAGAAGCAUGGGGCCUAUAUCAGGAUCGUAAGUUAAUGUUUUAUAAUAUUUAUUAUUAUGAACAAUAUUUUAAAAAUAAAUAUUUUAAAGAAAAUAAGAACCUAUUUAAGAACCUGCAUUUAGCCUAAUUUCACGAUAAGCACCAUUUAUAUAAGAACCUGUUUAGGCUAACUUGAAAACUCUAGUUUCUUAUAAGCGGAGUUUUACUGUAUUAUAUGUAACAUAUUCAAUAAAACUCGUGCUACACAAUUCCUGGAGUAGUUAGUAUACGUAUAUGGUUAACAAAGACUUUCCUCAUGUAAGCCAUUCCACUAAUGUGAUAGUGAUUAUUUCACCUAAUAAAAAUAACUAUUUAUAAAAAGAAAAAAGGUGAUCUUCCAACUGGCCGUGCUCACACAAGUAGAAAUAUAUUAUUUACGAAGAUUAUUUUAAAUAGAUAGAAACAAUUAAUGGCAGGAUUACUUGAUGUUAAUUUGCAUGUUCCAAGUAAAACUUUCAAGUUAAACUAUACACGACUUCUUGAAAUGCCUAAACUAAUAUUAGUAGUUCUUAUUUGGCAGAUACACAAUUCUAUUGAAAUAGGUGUUCUUAAACAAUUCAGUCCUACAUUUAGGGACCUUUAAUUUGCCUAGAAUCAGAACAAAAUUCCGAUGUUAACCUAGAAUCAGAACAAAAUUCCACGUGGGUGAGCUCCCUGCAAUGGACGAAAGGGAGGAUAUCUAACUGCCGUAGACGUUCUGGGACGCCUUUGCACUCUCUCAAUUAAUUUAAUCAUUGUAACUGACUUGGGAUUCCAGACCUCUGAGGCAUACUCAAGAUGUGAUCUUGCAAGUAUAAUAUACAAAGACUUCAUAUUAGGAAGAAGAUACCUUUCUCUAGCAACAGUACGAUUAAUAAAACCCAGCAUCUUGUUGGCUUUAUUAACUUGCGUAUAAAUAUCAUCAUGAUAUUUCAGUAAUUUCACAUUAUUGGUCAUAAGAACACCCAGAUCACAGUAUAAUCAGAACACAGUAUAAUCAAAUACGAUAGACCUUAUUCAUAAAUCGCAAUCGGGGACUCGUAUCCUAGGAAACGGGAAUAAACGCGGGAAAACAAGCGAAAACUGCUUGACAAGCCAAAUUCAGAUGUUAUAUUGUGUCGAAUUCAACGGCUUGUUUCUUGUUGCUUAUUUCGAUUUAUCACGAUUUUUGUGUGUAUUUUAAGACCUUGUGUCCACACUGAAAGCUGUAAACGAGUAUAUUAUAAAAACGACCGGUUUUUCUCCCAUUAUUUGUGUGGAAAAUAUGACAAUGUAGCGAUGGUGGACAUGGUGUUGCAGAAGCGAAAAACAGUAUUUUCAUGAGAUUGUAACGUCAAUAGGCUAUAGGUUACUCCGUGAAAAAUCAAGACAACUAUGGAAUAAAAGUAUAAUUUUUGAAUUUGACAUUAAUAUGAAAGAAAACAAGAGGUCAAAAAUCACAAAAGAACGAACAAAUGUUAUUGAUUCGCACGGAAAAUAUAUGAACUAGCUAUGCCUGUGGCUCGAUGACAUUCUGCAAGCAGCUUACAAGUUUAAAAAAAGAAAGCUACAUUACCUGAGUGAGUUGUUGUAAUCUUAUUUCUUCAACAAUAUAGUUUCAUAUUUCUUAUGAUUUUGGUGUUGUUGACGUUUUGUAGCCUUGUUGGUUGUUUGUCUUGACCAUACAAACUACGACAAGUCGACAAUAGUACAAAAUUUAAGGUUUCCUUUUCCGAUUGACUCCAGCGUCUUUUACGUUAAAUAUCAUGUGUUUUUUUCUCAGAAGUAUUAUUUCAACUUUCAAGCUCAGUUUUAUACUAGAUAAUAUUUUCGAAAAAAGCUGUAAUAUUUUCGGAAAAAAGCUGCCAUAGCCGACAGCAAAAAAUAUUUUUUCAAUUUGCCCGCGUUUUUCCCUGUAUCCUAGGAUAGGAGGCCUCGAUCACGAUUUAUGAAUAAGGUCUAUAGGAGCACGUUUUCUUGUUAUCGUAGAAAUAGUAGACGUUUCUGCGUUGAACGGUAGUCUCCAUUUUUCACUCCAGGUAGUAAGAUGAUCUAAAUCAGUUUGUAAUUCCAAGCAGUCGCUAUCAGUCUCAAUUGCAUGAAGACACUUAACAUCAUCAGCAAACAGAGCAAUUGUACUUGUAUCCGACGUAACGUCGGGCAAAUCAUUGAUAAAUAAAACAAAUAGGACAGGUUCCAGAAUGGAGCCUUUUGGAACUCCCGACGUCACUCCAUGGAAUCCAUUCAGACGAUUUUCCAUCGAUUACAACACGUUGCUUUCUACCAUGUAGAUAGUUCGCAAACCAUUUAAGUAGGGGACCUUUAAAUCCGGCUAAAGCUAAAUCUAGCUUAUGAAGCAGAAACUAGUGGGAUACGGAAUUACAAUUAUUACAAAUACAUAACAUAACUAUGAACUAGCAUAGUGACAGGAUGCCGUAACAGGAUAAAUCCCAAUUGAUAACGGCACCCUUUAUACAUAAAAUAUAUAAAAUAUUCAGAUAUAUUACAAGGUGGAGUAUAAGUUCAUGGUGGACUAUGAAUAUUCACUGGAAGUAAUUUUGCUUAUGUUUAUAAAGCAGUAAAUUUGUCAUUAGUGUUUAUAAACAUGAUCCCAGUCUUAAAUUUGUACAGGAAAAGAUCACUCAACUGUCUGCGAUAUAUUGCUCAUUAAGAGUGAAGAGACUGAAGAGAGCACUUCUUUUGAAGAGAUAAAAAACUGAUCUAGAGUCAGGUUCAUUAUCUUACUCGGAAGUGUCGCAAUUGCUUAUAACAAAAGGGAGCUUUCAAGAAUGCGGCAUGAAAGACCGCAGCGUAUUCUGGAGCUUGUUGCUCUUUUCAUUGCCAAAUAGAAAUAAAUUCUGUUUUUCUUCAUUCAGCAAUUUUCUUUGUUCCUUUUUUCGCGAAAUACGUACGUACUGUCGUAUGAAGUCCAUAAAAUCACAACACUGCUUAAUUAUAAUGCAUGCUGUUGUACUGUUUUCCAUAUACAACAUGAGUAUGUGGCUCCUUAAUUACAUAUUUGCAUGUCUGUUUAUUUGUUAGGCCGAAAGAUCAGACCUAGUUCACCUGAAAGAUAUGACGGAUUCACCGCUGAGGUAUUUAGCAACUUCUUAUUAAGCUUUAAUCAAGGGAGGUUUCAAAACGUUUGCUUCAAUUUUGAGGGGGAGGGAGUUGAAAAGGUUUUUAACCAAUAUUUUCUCAUUUGCCAACUUCCCUUGGGUCUCUUUUUUAUGUGUGAUAAUUUAUAGCAAAGGAUGCAGUUUCGUUCUAUUCAACACAUGGUGCGAAAUUUGAAUUUUAUCGCAAUAUAUUUGCCGAUAAUUCGGUAACCGCUACAGGAAAAGAGAACAAAUUACAGUAAAUAAAACAGACUCAGAAGGGGGAGCAGUGGGACACAUUUUGUAUUUUGACUGGAACAUUGCAGAUUACAGAGUUGUAUCCGACGAAGGCUAACACUGGAAAAAAAUAGUGAAAUCCACUAUGGAAUUUGCAAUUGCAUCACUUAGUGCAUAUAGUAUAUCCAUAUUAUUUCCAUACUGUAUCCAUAGUAUGGAAAUUGCAAUUAGUAUAUAUGAAAAUUAGAUUUCCGUACUAUUUCCAACGAAGAUCCAUGCUAUUUCCAUAGUAAGGUUUUGAAAAAGACUUCCAGUGUGACUCAACUUCCAGUGUGAGACAACAAUGCAUUUCUAUUUCGAUGUUAUAUAUGUUGCUUUUACUGUUUAAACAAUUUAUCUGUCCAAUAAUUUAAUUGUUAACAACUUACUUAAUUAAGGUUAUAUCAAUUUUUCAUAAUAUUUCACGGCAUUGGAACAACUGCUUACUUUUCAUAUUUUAUUUAGACGUCAAAAAACCCUCGCGAGCUUGCAGUUGUUCCUUCGCUGCAUCGCUGGCUCAAGUGCGCAGGAAAGGAAG